AUGGCGUCGACGCUUGCCUCGCAGCUGCAGUCCCUGCAGAAGAACCGUCCAUCCACCCUCUCAUCGACUGUCGACCCAAAGGCUCUUCGAAAACUCCAUUCCGUAUCGCUGCUAUUUACCCCAGAACAUGCGGCUACACAGGAUUUUGAUACCAUAUAUUCCAUCUGUUACGAGGGAUUUGAAGAACUUUGCUCGCUUGACCGACGAUUUGCGGUCUUCGAAAGAUCCUUAUUCAGCGAACAGAGUGUUACGGUUGAUAGAGACACAUUGAGCAAAGCAGACAAUGAGAAACUUGAUGAGAAUGUCAAGAGUUUCCUGGGGCUGUUGGGAGCAUGGGCUUUGGUUAAGAGUGGGGUGAAGGCUUUGGAAUGGCUGGUUAGGCGGUUCAGAGUACACUACCACAAUAGCUCAUUAUUGAUCCUUACCUUUUUGCCGUAUCACCAACAUCCAUUCUUCCUUCGGUUGCUAUCAAUCCUUCCACAACCAUUGCCGGAUGCAUUCAAAUUUUUGACAUCAUACCGCAAAUCAAUUGGCACCCCUAUCCCACGUUCAGUUUUGAUCCAAAGUCUCACUACCCGUCCAGUGGUCUUCGACCUACUCGCCCAGCAUGUAACCUCCAUCAUCAAGGCAGGGUACGGCCAUGCUACCCUGGCCCGCUUCUGGUCUGCAUUAUCAGUCGAAACCCUAGGCGCCAUGUUGGACCGAACCGCGACAAAAUCUCGAACUGGUAUUACUGAGGAUGAUGUGGCUAGGCAGAUGCUCCCUAUUAUUGCCGAUUCGCUACAGGCUGGCAAACGCAUGUCGGAAUUCCAGAUUGGGACAUACAUGUUGUUAAGUUUGUUGGCUUCACGGGUGGUCCUGGAAGAUAGUGUUCUCUGUGCGACUAUGGAGAGUGUGGCUGCUAGCUGGAGUGCUGAAACUGUAGCGCCUGCGAUUGCUGCUUUGUCGCUUUUGAGUCAGCAAAGGGAGGGGUUCGCGCCUGUUGCGCCCGCUGGGGUCGCAGUAGCAUUUUUGAAGGUGGAGAAUGUAGCAGAUAAGCUACUAGCUUUGGGAGAGAAGUAUAGGGUCGAUAAAUUGGCGGUGGGGCUGUGUUUGGCCGUUGUGGAAACUGAGAAAUUGUGGGGCUUUAAGUCUUGCUCGUUUGUGAAGGCUAUUUUUGAGAAGGGAAGAGUUACGGAAGGUCAGAAAGAAGCUAUUAUGCACAGUCUUAUUGAAGCAGUUUUGAAGACCAGUGGAGCUGAAGGACCUUUGAAAGAUUUAUUGGGUGUUUUCAAGGAGAACGAAGUCCUCAUUAAAGUAUUGAAGGGCCGGGAUGAUGAGCUAGAGAGAUUGGAACUGAGUUUAGGUAUGGUUCUUGUGGAGGAUCCGCAGGGCGAGAUGAAGAGCAUUGAGGCUGCCCCCGAGUCGAAAUCGUCAGACGAAGAGAAGUUGAAAGCGCAGGAACCAAAAAUCCAGGAGAAAUUUGAUGCCACAAUCACAGCACUCCCCGAGACGACUAAGGAAGUCUCGUUUCUGCAGUCUGUUGAAUCGACACUCUAUCCGUUGCUUUGUCAAGCACUUCUUGCUGCUGCCGCGAAUAAAGAGAAGCUAGUCCCGGCGCUCUUCUCCCACCCAGUCUUAGCAUCGUCGACUCUCCGAACAACAUUUAUUAUUCGGUUCUCGUUAGACGGUUUCCCCGUAGUCGCCAAAGAGGCUGCCUUGGAAGUUUUGAAGGAAGAUAUUAAGAAUGCCGAUGUUGCAGAUUACCAAGCACUUCUGCCAUAUCUUAUGGCCAUUCUCCUUGAUGCCUCCCAGCGGGUGAGAAGAGCGGCGAUUAUUUGCAUAGCAGCAAUUUACGCCAAGUAUAAAUCUGUGGACAAGAAGGCUCGCAAGUCAACUACGCCGGAGGUAUGGGCUAAGAAGGAUAUCUAUGGGCCUUCUAGCGAACAGGUUAAAUGGAUAUCCUUCGAGGAGCUCUACAAGUUCGUUGAUGCGAUAUCAUCGUCAGGAGUUGAAGGGUGCAUGCUUGACAGCACUCAGAUCAUUAGGUCUUUUGCGACAGCUGUGGGCUCUCUGAAGACUGCUAUAAAGAAGAGCAUUCUGGCAUAUAUUGCUAGCCAUGUUUUAAGCACGCCUCAGUUGCAUAUCAAGACCGCAUUACUGUCCUUGAUCAACGGAGUUUCUGGAAGCACACGUACUGACUUACUCCUACCGCUAUUUGUAUGGUGGAAGAAGGCAGUGGAGACGAAGGAGGUGUCCGGAGUUGCGCCAGUGGAAAUCCAAAAAUUCCAGGACCAGCUUAUCAAUGGCGUCGAUGUCAAGGACCAUGGAGAUGGAGUGAACGCUUUGGUCGCUGUUAUCAAAUCCAGCUCUACUGAUCCCGGAAAGAAAGAAUUUGCUUCCAAGGCUUCUGCCAGACUACAAAAACUGUGGAAUGAUGGCCUCCGGGCAGAAGUCAAGCCUGUUUUGGCCAUGUCCUUGAUCAAGCUGAUCGUUGGAACUAGACAGCCCGACCUCCAUGACAUUGUUUCGUCAGAAGCACUUCAGAUCCUGAGGAACGUCACGCUUACAUCUGAAAUAUACACUGCCUUUAUUAACGAAGUUACACCCGACCACCCAGCCGACAACCUCCGCUCGAAUGCCAGAAGGAAAAGGUCAUUCAGCCGAGAGGUUGAGGCUCGACUUCCACAACAUAUGAAGGAGCUUACCAUCGUGCUUGAGCUCUUGGAAGCGGAUCUGCCUGAGCGUUUCCCAGAUCUUCUCCCACUAAUGUUUACGGUUCUCGGGAGGGCCUUGGAAUACGCAGAAGCAGCCCCAGUGGGUGGCGACUACAUGAUCCAAGUUCUGCUCAGCUGCCUCACUGCUAUAGUUACCGGCUAUAAACAACAACAUCCAGGCCAAGUUCUCGACACGAACAGUGUACGAGCCGAUCUUAUUGUUAAUUGCAUACGGUCUACAUCGAGCCCUCAACUUCAGAACAGCGCACUUCUCCUCAUCGCCACUCUUGCAGAUACUGCGCCAGACGUUGUUCUCCAUAGUGUUAUGCCAAUUUUCACAUUUAUGGGAGCUAAUGUCCUCAGUCAGGAUGAUGAGUACUCUGCUCAUGUUAUUGAACAGACUAUUCAUAGAGUCAUUCCACCACUCCUGGAAUCCUUAAGACGAGGUCAUGUUAAGGAUCCUGAAGCCGGUGUAUCGGAAAUCAUGUCUAACUUCGUAGCGGCAUUCCAACAUGUCCCUGCUCACCGAAGGAUGAAGAUGUAUCUAUCGUUGAGCCAGAGUAUGGGGACUAACGAAUACCUCCAUGCUCUACUGCUUUUGCUUGGUGAGAAAUGCUAUGAAGAGAAAAUGGCAGGGAGACACAUGGCAGUUACGAUCGCUGAGUUUUGUGAGAAUUUCUGUGCCGGAUUCCCAGCCAGCGAACAAAUGGGAGCUUUUGUGAAGUACUUGGAAGUUUGUGUGGAUUUGGCGGGAGGUUCGCCGAAAAAACAGACUCUCCAAAUCUUCAAGGAGAAGCAAAUGAGCGAAGCGAAGAGAGCGGAGGUUGUUACCGCGCUUUUGGAGUUACUGAGCGUGAUCCUCGGAUCGAGGAAGUUGAAGAACUUGGUGUCGAGUGCACAAAAGGGGGCUGGAGAGGAAGUCGUUGUACUCAAAGGAUGUUUCGUAGAUGCCGUGAAGCAGUGCUUGCAGGCGGGUCAGUGGGGAGGAAAGGUUGCUACUGGUGAGGCUUCCAGUCAAUAUCGCGAACUCGAGGGGGAGACUAACUGUUAUACAGCAGCGGAAUCGUGCCUCAAGGCUCUUCUUGACUUACUUCCAAUUCCACUUUUCGUCACUAUCACGGGCGAGUUGGUCAAGGAUGCGGCUUCGCCCUACCGUACCGGUAUCUUGGCAACUUUCAAGUCGCGAAUUACAUCAGAAACAAAGAAGUCAUCUCAAGACGCCGCAUUGGACUUCUUGCCUGAAUUGGCCUGUCUUCUUCAAGACGGUUCCGCGCCUCUCAACCUUAGGGCGGAGGCGGUUUCUUGCGUUACUGUUAUCACUGACAAAUAUGGCAAAGAGAAACAAGACGCAAUCGCUAACCUCCUCGACACUAUUACUGGUGAGCAGGCAUUCGGAAGCGACGACCAAGGGUUGCAGGUCCUCUCCAUACUUUGUUUGAUCUCUAUGACGAAAUGUCUCGGUGGUCGAAUUAUUCCGGCCCUACCCAAGAUCGCACCCCCAGCUUUGGCAUUGCUCGAGAAGGAACUCGAGCAGGAGACACCAAUGUUCCUGGUUCAUAAUGCGGUGUGCCCACUGCUUGAGGACCUUGUCAAGACGAUACCGAAUUUCAUGCAGAGUUAUCUCGAGAGAAUGCUUAAGGUUUCUUACCAAGCCGCCCUGAAAGGGCUCCAACUGAAUGAAGUUAGUGAUGACGAAGAUAUGGAUGAGGAUAUAGCUGGACAUUUGACUACAGCACCUACUGUCCGCGCUGAAUUACUCUCCGCAGUAGCUAAGAAGAUUGCUACCAAGCCUUUAGUGAAAGCUGUACUAGGAACCUGGACGACCGCCACAGAGUGCGGUGUACCGGCGUUGAAGCAGCUAUUCACUCUACUAGCCAAGGCGAUCGAACUUUGUCCUAAGUCAGAGUUUGGACCUAUCCAGGACAUGCUCUUCAAGGUCUUCCUUCUAUCUUUUGAUGUCCGGAAUCUUGUGCUACCUUUAGCAGACGAAGAGGGGGUUAGAGAGGUCGAAGAGUUGAUGUAUAAGGCUAUGCUGCAGAUGGUGUUCAAGCUUAACGACAAGGUCUUCCGGCCUUUCUUUGGCCGAUUGCUAAGGUUUUCUAGCGAGGUUGGCGGAGACAAUGUGGAAGAGAGGAAGAAUAGGAGGCUACAGACUUUCUAUGGAUUUUUCAACACGUUUUUGGAAGGACUGGGAUCUAUUGUUACCAACUACUACUCUCACGUGUUGGAUAAUGCCAUUGGAUUCCUGGAGUCCGUCAAGGAGCUCGCCGAGGCCGAGAAAGCCGGUGUUGAGAAGUUGUAUUCACUAGUGAUUACUUCCUUGACCAAGAGCUUUGCAAACGAUCAGGACGAGUUCUGGCAGAGCCCCACAAAUUUCGAAAAAAUCCAACCAGUUCUAAUGGGACAAUUGGAACUCGCGCAUGGUGGUGAAGAGGAAGAAAAUCUCCCAAUAUCAACUCUUGUCGUCCAAGCCGUCGGUGAAUUGUCGAUGGCAGCGCAUACUGAUGACCACGACAAGAUUAUCAACUCCGCUGUUCUGAAGGCAAUGAGAAGUGAAGACGCUGAUGUGAGACUUGUGGCGAUUAAGAUGAUGGAGGAGUUGUAUGAGAGGCAUAAAGAAGAGUGGAUAGGACUGUUGCCGGAAACUAUGCCGGCUAUCGCGGAGUUGAUGGAAGAUGAUGUGGAAGAGGUCGAGAGGGAGGUGCAGAAGUUGAUUGUGAAGAUUGAAGAGUAUUAUGGGGAGAAACUAGAGACUUUGUUGACUGAAUUAUUCCUUGCUCGCGAGCAGCUUAUUCUACGGGGGGUUAUUCUCCACUCCCUCUAUGAGCUAAACGUUGAUAAACUUGCAAAUUAA